GGCCCCAAUACCAAUAGUUGUAGCACCUCCAGAAAGCCCGAGUGGUCUCAGUUUCAUUUCUUCCAAUACUCUGAAACAGAAAUUCCCAUAUUUAGAAAUAAAUAAACAGCGCCAGCAGUUUCCGAGUCCCCCUCGUCUUUUGGAGCCGUACCAUUCAUUUCAUCCUCUCUGCCCGUUGCAGAUAUGGAUUGCUCUGUUGGCCAAGGCUUGUACCCAUUACACCGCUGCAAAACUAUUCACCUGGUAAGGCAUGCUCAAGGAUUUCACAAUGUUGCUGGUGAAAAGGACCACAGAGCAUACUUGUCUCCAGAACUUUUUGAUGCCCAACUCACACCUCUGGGUUGGAAGCAGGUAGAUAAUCUUCGUAAGCAUGUUCAUUCAACUGGACUGUCCAAGAGGAUUGAAUUAGUCAUCUGCUCCCCUUUGUUAAGGACUAUGCAAACAGCAGUAGGAGUUUUUGGUGCAGGAAGUUACAAAGACGGAAUAGAUGUUCCUCCACUUAUGACUGAAAAUGCUGGGAAUAGUAGCCGACCAGCAAUUUCAAGUCUGAACUGCCCUCCAUUCAUAGCUGUGGAACUUUGUCGAGAACAUUUGGGAGUUCAUUGGUGUGAUAAAAGGAGAAGCGUAAGCGAGUAUACGACUCUUUUUCCUGCAAUUGAUUUUUCACUGAUUGAAAGUGAUGCUGAUGUAUUGUGGGAGGCUGAUGUCCGAGAACCAAAUGACAAAGUUGCAGCUAGGGGGAUGGAAUUCUUGAAAUGGUUGUGGACACGGAAGGAAAAGGAGAUCGCAAUUGUUACCCAUAGUGGCUUCUUGGUUCAUACACUAAGUGCAUAUGGAAAUGACUGUCAUCCAUCCGUUAAGAGUGAAAUAUGCACACCAUUUAGCAAUUGUGAACUUCGCUCCAUGGUUAUUGUUGACAGAAGCAUGAUUGGGUCAGAUUCUUCAACAACUAAUUAUCCAGGCAAAAUUCCAAGCGGAACUGAUGUUCCAAGUGAUGAUGCUAGUGAGGAGCAUCCUGCCGGGUCAGCCAAGUAGGAUUUGAUUCUUUGGAGUACUAGACAAAUUACUAUUAAUGCUUAGUUCUAUCAGGCUCGUCAGAAAUCUCAGGUUUUAGAAAAUAUCAUACUUGGCAAGGACCUCCUGCUCCACGGAUUCAUUUUCUUACUAUCAUUUUGCUUUGAUGACUCAAAAGAGUCAAAAGAUUGUUAGAGCCCAUUUUGUUGUGGCCAAAUCUUUGGCUUGUUGGGUUGAAGAUUUAUGAAUACCCUAAAAUCAUUACCUGAUC